AUGGUAUAUAGAGGUUGUAGGUCGUGCGCCAAGCGCCAUGAGAAAUGUCCUGGAUACCGAGACCCCAACGAAUCCAUCUUCUGCGACCAGACCGCACACACUAUUCUGCGCUCCAAAAAGACAAAUCUCAUGAUAAAUCAAGCCACCUUCGGCCGGUCGAUGUCGGACGAUACCGCCUUGUUCUGCUUCUUCGAGCUGUGCGCACGACCUGCGCCGUCAUCAUCGCGAAGUAUGAUCGCCUACGAGUCGCUCAAGAACAAACCCUUAGUAGCGUCCAUGCGAGCACUUGGCCUCGCCGCACGCAGCCAAAUGGAUUGUUCCGCAGGUCUGGCGGAUCGAGCCGGCUCGCAUUACCUAUCUGCCAUUCAAGCCACCAGUAAAGCCUUGACCUCGCCGAUCCUAGCUCGAGCAGACGAGACAUUACUAUCCGUAAUCAUCCUGACAUUCUACGAGGCACGCUGCGGCUGGGAUCGCGACUCGGUAGAAUGCUGGAAUCAACAUGCCACUGGAUGCGCGGCAUUGAUAGAGGCGAGAGGUGGUGCGCAGCUCAAGCGCCAAGACGGCCGACUGCUAUUUCUGGAGACCACGGCAGUCAUUAUUCCUAAUGCUUGCAGGUUAUCGUUACCCGUCCCGCAGAUAAUGCUGGAAAUGAUGUACAAGAUCUGUGACCCAUCAAUGCAGCAGUCCGAACCCCAAUGGAUCAUCAUAUACGGCUGGAUGCGGACCACGAAUCUACGAAGUGCCGUGGCCAAAGGCGAGGCGGGCGAUGCGGCGGCUAUUGUGAAGCAAGCCAUAGCAAUCGAUAAGUCUAUCUCGCAUGCUUUCGACAAGGCUCGCUUCGAAUGGACAUACGAUACCCUUCCCGCCACUGUGGAAGACUUCGACAAUAUGGACGCUGCUCCGAUAUUCACGCACUGGCAUCGCAAUGCUCUGGCCGCGGAGAUGUGGGAGUCGUUGUUCAGUUGUCGAUUGCUACUCCAUGCCAUCAUGUGCAAAGCAUCGACCACCGACAGCAUAUCACAAGCGUGGCUGGCCCCGGAACUACACGAGCAAGCAACGGCAUCUCGGAACCUGAUCUCCAGCCUCUGCGACGAUAUCCUAGCCUCAGUCCCCCAAUUCUGCUGUUCCGUCUCCACGCCACCACCGACAAAUCCACAACCAUCACAGGAUCUCAAAUUCAGUUCGAAAAGGCCAGGCCGGCCGCCAUUACCAGACGACGAUAUGUGUACUUUCGUGCCCUUACGUUCUGACCGUCUACCCGUACUCGUCACAUCCCAAGGCUACAGCAUGAUUUGGGCGCUUAAUCUCGUGGCGGUGCUGGCGCCAAAUGGAAAAGCGUAUCGUAAGCUCGCUUGUAGAAUGCUGGACAAGCUUGGUAAGGCUACGGGCAUUCGGCAGGCCGGAGUUGUUGCUGAUAAGUACCGCACGGAAGGCACGUGA